AUGCGCGCGGGCGAGCUGAAGCGCGUGUUGGUGGACGCCGGGGUGGAUGUGAGCGAUUGUUUUGAGCGCGCCGACCUGGAGGCGAAGUACGUCGCGUGGAUCGAGCGCGGCGGCGAGAGGGAUUCGACGAAAACGACGUCGAGCGCGAGCGUGGAAGACGAUGCGAGCGAAACAGACGGUGCGAAGCCGUUUGAGAGAGCGCGUAAGUGGUUCGACGAGCAGGUGGAAACGGCGCGGAAGAGUCUGAGCGCGGACGCGUUGUGGGCGAGCGCGAGGGAAACGGCGAACCGGCUGAAUGCGAAGUACGGCGCCGGGGAUAAGGCGAAGUCGGUGUUGGACGACGCGCGACGGAUGGUGAAGAAUGCGGAUACAAAAAUCGGUGCGACGAAGUGGUUCAAGAAGAACGUGCCCAAGGUGAUGGAUAAGUACGCAGAGGUGCGCGCGACGCCCGUGGGCAAGUUUGCAAACUUUAUGUUUUACAUCUGGCUUUUCACGAGUGGGGUCUUUUGGAAUUUGUUCUAUUUUGGGCUCAUCGCGACCUUCUUGGUGAAUCUGCUAUAUCCCUCGCUGAUCACGGACCAGUUGGAGAACAUGCAGAGAAGGGCGCAGGAGCGCGUGAACGCCAUGGGCGGCAUGGGGGGCACCGGGUACGACCCGCGCAUGAGUGGCAUGGGUGGUAUGGGCUACGAUCCGCGCACCAGGGGCAUGGGUGGUAUGGGCGGUAGCCCUGGGGGCGCCAGCGGCGGGAGGAAGUCGUACGGCGGCGGGAGUACCGGUGACACCAUCGACGUGGACGCUAAGGUGUCGGAUCGCGAUUAA